UAAGAGUUUAUGGAGUUUUCUGUGUGAUCCGCGCCCACCAAAACAAAUAGUGCUGGGUCUAAAAAAUUCAUGAAUGACUAACUGAAUGUAUGCAAAGAAGACCUACUGGAUAGCUAACAGUAAAGGAACAUAUUAGUGAGACAAGGUAAAAGUUUAAUAAGUAACAAUAAAAUCACGUGAUCAAAAUUGUUGUUGUCCUCAUACGCAUUAAAUUGUGUAUUCUUUUAUAGAAUUCUUUAUCAUUUAAAUCUUAAUCUAACAUUAAGGCUAAUCUCAAAAAUAUAAUUACAUAUAUAAAUUAAUUACCAAGAAAAUUUUGGUCGCCGCCCCUCCGCCUCUGUCACCAUGGUAACGGUGUAAACAACAACAUGGCGGUGACAUUACGUCAAGCUGUGGCGCCGGGGGGCGUAUACGACCUCCCUAAAGUAUCAUACAGCGAUUCCACCAAGUUACUUAUAAAAGAACUGAUCAAGGAGGCCUCUGUCAGCGCCCAGCACCAGCGGCAAAUUGAGCGAUGGGUGGGCGGCGGGCUAGGCCUCCCUCCCCACCGUGCCCUCACCGUGCCAAGCCAGGCGCCGCUCCCUCCCUCCUGCCAGGCCACACCACCACGCCCACACUUCCAAACCAAGAGAUCCCACGAGGCGAUUCGCAAAAUGGGACUUUAUGAACCUAACAAACUCUACGUCCCACCCCAGCCAAAAUAUGGGCCAGGCUCGAAGGAGAGGUGCCAGGAACUGAUGGCUUUUGGCAGGGAGGGAGCUGGAUCACACAUCACCACCAAGAAAGUGCCUCAACACCCUGCCACUCCCUCAACACCAGUUGACCGCUUCUCAGAGUUGAUGAGGGAGAUGGAGGAGCGUGUGGUGUGGCUGGAGUCUAUGGAGGCGGUGGGUGCUGGACAGAAAUACCGUGGCCUCAUUGCCUCACAACUCGCUCUGAAGCUCAGGGACUUGGAACUGCUUGACCAAGAGCGAGCCAGAGACCUUGCCAAAGCAGAGAGGCAAGCAGCAGCAACCAAGGAUCACAAAGAAUGAUGUUGUCCAGCAAAUGGACAAGAGUCUCACAGACUGAGAACAGUUUCUUAGUGAGCAGUUUUGUAUUAAAGUGAUAAACAAAUAAAGAUAGACAAAUUUUGAAAUAUUUGUGUUGAUUAAUUGUUGACACACAUCAUGCAACACCAUUGUCAUGAUCUUAAGCUCUUCUAUCUUGAGCCAUUUGCAGGGAAUGCAUUUUCACAUUAAUUUUAUGUAGUAUUAUUUGUCACCAACCAUGCACUCCUCAGAAGCUUCCAGUCAUGAAUAUAUGUUCUUUUGUUUAGGUGGCACAUAAAGUAUGUACUGUUCACAUACCAUGAAUAAAAUGUCUACUAUAUAUUCAGUAGUUUGUUGAAUUUUAAAUAAAAUUAUCAAUAAGUAUGUAUGGCACAUAUUUUGAGAGGUAUGCAUAUACAUCUUAUGCAUAAGUUACUGUUGGCUCAUUUCAGUGUUCUGCUGACACUGAGGCAACUGUAGCCAUAAUUUGAGAAUGUUCCGCUGCUGUACCAAGAAAUGCCAUGUAGGUUUGUAUCCAAAAGUUUGUCUUGAAAGUCCCUUCUCUGAACUAAUGUAGAAAUAAAGUUUCUUACCAUGUAGAAAUAGUUGAUAGUAAAGUUCAUAUACAUGACUAUGCAUUGUAGUGUUGUAGACCGUCUACCUGCUCUCGGCAAGGUAUAAAAAGUCCAGACAAAAAAAACUCAAGGGAAGGGAAAACCACAAGCAGUGACUUGCAAUACCACAAAACAAGCAGCAAGAUUUAAACUUUUCUAGAUCUUGUUCAAUGUAACACCCUCAGGGGAUGGACCUCAAUGGAAGAGUUCCUGUCUAUGCACUCCUAAUUAGGCCUGCUCUCAUGUCAACUUUAAUUACCUUCAUCCAAGAAAACUGCAAGGGAAUCAUGAGGAUGUCAUCAUUAAUUAAAUUAGUUGCUGCACAAGACUUUCUGGGUUUGUUCCACAGCAGCACUCCUGCCAAGUCAUCAUAGUACAAUGAACUGCUACUGCAGCAGCUGUAUAUAACAACUUUACAUGU